ACUGCUACACGCAAACGCCAACAGAGAGAGAGAGAGAGAGAGAGAGAGGCGGCCGCCGCCAUCGCCGCCAGCAAAUCAAACAUGUACAGAGACGUGUCGGCAUGCAACACAUACAAUUACGGCGACGCCCUCUACUGGGACGCUCGUUACAUUCAGGAAGGCGGUUCCUUCGACUGGUACCAGCGUUACUCUGCCCUAGGCCCCUUCGUCCGCAAGUACUUCCCCACCUCUUCUCGCGUCCUCAUGGUCGGUUGUGGCAAUGCUGUUAUGUCAGAGGAUAUGGUUAAGGAUGGGUAUGAAGACAUAAUGAAUAUUGACAUUUCAUCGGUGGCUAUUGAAAUGAUGAGAAGGAAGUAUGAGCACAUUCCACAGCUGAAAUACAUGCAAAUGGAUGCUAGGGAUAUGAGCUUUUUCCCAGAUGAAUCAUUUGAUGGUGUCAUUGAUAAAGGAACUCUUGAUUCAUUGAUGUGCGGUACCGAUGCUCCAAUUAGUGCUGCUCAAAUGCUGGGGGAAGUGAGCAGGCUUCUUAAACCUGGAGGAAUCUAUAUGCUGAUAACUUAUGGUGAUCCUACAGUGAGGACUCCUCAUUUGAGUCGACCAGUAUACAAUUGGAAAAUUGAAUUGUACAUUAUACCGUGGAGACUUGGAGCAAGAAAUCUCUAUUGGCGAGAGGGAGCUUGGAUUAGAGUUUGCGAUCAGCUUGGGCCCUAUCUCUACGAGCUUAGAGCUAGGCCAGGAUUUCAGAGGCCACCUGGUUCUACUUCUACAAAAUCGUUCUUGGAACCUACACCUACCACUGAAAAGGGCCUACUUCCUGCUGGAUUUGUUUUGGAAGAUCCGGAUUCUCAUUAUGUAUAUGUAUGUAGAAAAAUGGAUCAAACAACAAAUUUAAGUCUGCAUCAGGUAGGGGAUCAGUUAAUUUGUUCUUGAGCUUCAAUUUUCACUUAGUCCUUCACAUGAUUAUUGCUGCUUGUACAAUAAUCAUGCUUUGUCUGGAUAGGUUAGCUUUUUAAAAAAUAUACAAGAGACGGGCAACAAACAAAAUUCUGACACUAAAAUACCAGCUAAAAUAAAUGCCUUCUUUAGAUCCUGUCGUCUGUAUCAUUAGAAUUUGCAUCAAUUGUUUCAAAAACCAAAUGUUGUGACAAGUUCUAUGUUAGUUACUCUUGGGAGUAUUUUGACAUUUAUUGCAAGGUGUAUGCUGUGUUGUUCUAAAUUAA